GAUUUUUGAACGAACAGAUAAGUUUUCAGAGCACCUAGAUGUCCGGUGUGGACAUGCACAUUUCCGUUCAACGAUUUUGAAAGCGAAAGAAGACCUGCAAACUACACUUACCAGACAAAUAAAACAAUGGCAGAUCCCACAAGAUUUGAUGGCAUGUUGCUUGCUAUGGCACAGCAGUGUGAUGGUGGGAUACAAGAGUUGAUAAGUGCCUUCUUUAGUUUCUUAUUAAGAAAGACAGACUUUUACACAGGAGGCUUGAGAGGAGAUGGGGAAAAGAUGAUUAUGAAUUCUUUUAAACGUUACCAAGAUAUGGCAGAACAAAAAAUGGCAGAGAUUAAAAAAGAAAAAGAUGAAGAGGAACAAAAAAGGAAAGAGAGAAUUGCCAAGAAAAAACAAAAGGAAGAGGAAGAGAGAAAGAAAAUGGAAGAAGAGCCAAAAAUUAAAGAAAUUACAGAUGAAGAAGCUGAAAAAAUACAACAAGAAAUAGAACAGAAAAAAGAUGAUAAAAAGGAAGAAAAACCCGUUGAGGAAGAUAAGAAAGAAGAAACAAAAGAGGAGGAGAAAAAGGAGGAUGAAGAGGAGGAAGAUGAGAAAGACAAAGGGAAGUUAAAACCCAACGCAGGAAAUGGCGCUGACUUAGAAAAUUACUCAUGGAGACAAACACUAGAUGAAAUUGAGAUCAAAAUACCAUUUAAAGUAUCUUUUCCUGUGAAGCCUAAAGAUGUUGUAGUUGAUAUUCAGAAAAAGAAAUUAAAGGCAGGGUUAAAAGGUCAUCCACCAAUAAUUGAUGGUGAAACAUAUAAUAGUAUAAAAAUAGAAGAAUCUACAUGGAUUAUUGAAGAUAGAAAAAGUUUAGUUCUUACAAUACAGAAGGUGAACCAAAUGGAGUGGUGGAGUAGAGUAGUCACAACAGAACCCGAAAUUAAUACCAAAAAAGUCAAUCCAGAAAACUCUAAGCUUGGAGAUUUGGAUGGAGAAACCCGAGGUGUGGUGGAGAAAAUGAUGUAUGACCAAAGACAGAGAGAAAUGGGAUUACCUACAUCUGAAGAUCAAAAGAAACAAGAUGUUUUAGGAAAAUUUAUGAAACAGCAUCCAGAGAUGGACUUUUCAAAGUGUAAAUUCAACUAAACCAUUUCAAUCAUUGUUCAUGACAUUUUGUACAAUCAAUCCAAUAUGUAAUUAAUGUAAUUGAAUGGUGUAUGCAAAUAUCAUAGAGUUCAUCGUCAGGUUAUGUUCUUUGAGUUCAUUUCUGUUACACAAAGCUGUUUUCUUGUCGCUACAUAGAACUUAGAUAUGGAUGUCAACUAUUUAUUGUUAAGGGACAUUUUCACAACAAAACUUAACUUUUUAAGAACACUAUUUUAUCUGACAAUAUCAAAUGAAUUGGUAGUUUAUGUAGGUUUUGGGGAAAUAUUUGCACAUUUUAUUGUUCAUUUAUACUUAUUAUGCAUGAAAUAAUUGUCACUGGACAUUAUACAAAUAAUCUAUUUCAAUCAAUUUAUCCCAAACUUGGUUUGUUAGAAUAAUAACUUGACAUGACAUUUAUUAGAGGAGGUCUUGAUUGAGCUACAUAUAAGGUUACUGGGGUAAUGCAUAGACUUACUCAAGUUCCAUUCCUGAUAUAUCCUUGGUAGUAAUUGGGACUUAAAUGAUUUUAUAAAUUUUAUUGAAGAUUAGAUUAAGUAAAAGGAAUUUUUUCAAAGAUCCUAGUUAGCAAAUAAGUGGAUAAAUUCCUCUAAAAAGUAAAUGGUAACACUUCAUAGAGAACAAUUUCACAGUUUGAUUUGACCCUCAUUCACCAAAAAAUGCCCCGGCUUUAUACUAAAACUGUAUGGCCAGUUACAUAUCAUUUUCAUUGUAAAAGUUACAUGUUAUUACAUCAUUGGUCAAUUUUUUUUUGUGGUUAACAAUGUAUUGAGAAAUAAGAUUCAAACUGGGGCCAUAGAUUGUCACCUUUGAAUAUUUUGUUGAAACUAAAACAGUGUAUGUAGGAUAUGUAAUUGUUAUUUGACAAACAUGUAUGAACUGCAUGUUUUGUUUUAAUCUUGAGAUCAUUUGUUUCUUAUAUAUAUAUAUAUGUAAUGUUGUUAAAGAAUGAUUUUAUAAUGUAUAAUAAUACAGGCAAUAUCCAUAUGCAUGUAUAUAUAAAAACUCAAAUGCAAAAGAAUGGGGUUCGCACACUACAGUAAAAAGGAUCUUUGUGAUCCUUGAUUGUAAGAUGUAAAAUAAUACACAUUAAAGAUGAUUAUUUUGAA